AUGUCGUCUCUCCCUCCCGAAAUACUUCAAGAGAUAUUUUACAACCUAGAUGCAGGCCAUAAUGGGCUAAGAACAUUGUUUUCAUGCCUUCUCGUGAACAGAUACUGGUGUUUGAAUAUAGUUGAAAUCCUUUGGUCCAAACCAUUUUAUUAUUCGAAUGCGUUCGCUAAGAAUCCAAAUUUUUUUAGGAUAAUUGACGUAUUUUUAGCAUGUUUGGAUGAAGAAGAUAGAGAAGAUUUAAGAAAUAAUGGAGUUAACUUGCCUGUUAUCUUUGAUAAACCGUUAUUCUCUUAUGGUUCAUAUCAUAAGCAUCUUUAUUAUCGUACAUUCUUUUCAAGUAUAUAUCUAUGGGUUCAAGAAAAAAAAACGUCUUAUGACGACCAUGCAUUUGAAAUCGUAAUGAAAGCCCUAUUAAAGUUAUUUAGCAAAUGCAAGAAAGUAAAAAGAACAUUAUACAUUAUCGAAGGUACAAAAGGUUUGGUCACGCCAAUGUUUUACGUUCAACCGGAACACGAAUACCUGAUUUCAAAUGUGAAUAGAAUUUGGGUUGAUUUGCAUAUUUAUAAGCCUCGCUUCUUUAAUCUUCUUGCUAAAAAUUACAUGGGAAGAUAUAAUGAAAGUGGUUCCGUUGAUAUAGCAAAAUUCAUAAACGAACAAGAAGCCUUACAAAUGUUUCAAAGUAUAUACCUUACGCCAACUCAUAUCUUUAUCAAUGCCUUGAAAACGCAAGCAAAAACUUUACGAUGCGUCGAUUUCAUUGGGGCAAAUUUCUUUUAUUGCGCUCCAUUAGAUGGGCUAGCCUCAUGUACGAACCUUGAAAUUUUACGAUUUAUAAAAUGUUACAACCUCACCAAAGAGAUUGUCGCACCCCUUUUCACGGCAUUUUUUCCAAAAUUAACCUACGUGACAGUCAUUAAAACUGACUGUAACGAGCUUCAGGAUUGGGCAGAAAAAUUUUGUUUAGAACAAGUAAAUUAUCAAGAUACGCGUAAUCACUUUGACCUUAGUCACAUUAGAGAACUCAUGUUAAAUGACAGAACGUGCCAUGUAUGUGGAGAGCCUUGCAUUUAUCCUUUGACCACAAAUUGUGGACACACAUUUUGCAAGGAAUGUAUUUUGCAUUGCUUGAGCAUAUAUGGUCGAUGUCCUUUGAGACAAUGCCGGACGGAAAUAUCAAAUACAAAGUACUUUUAUGAGCACCCAUGUGAACCGUCCGAUCCUAUCAUUUCGGAGACAAGAAGAUUGGAAGCCGACAGGAGAUUACUCCAGGAGAUGCCAAUUUAUGUUGGUCACUUGGUAUUUCCCAAAAUGUCAUAUACUUUCAAGGUCACGGAGCAAAAAUAUCGACUGCUCGUUAGAUCAUGUUUGGAAUCUCGUUAUUGCAAGAAAUUUGGCAUGGUGUUUUCAAGGUUGAGUGAAUACGGAACGCUUCUGGAAAUCAAACAGAUUGACUCUAACAACGAUGGCGAUUUGAUACUACAAGCAACCGCUACCAAUCGAUUUAAGAUACUCUCAAGGAUGAGGGCAAAUGAUAAUGGUUAUGAGGUUGCAGAGAUUCAAAUCAUCGAAGAUGGACCUGACGAGGAGGAAAGAUUAAUCAGUAGGAACCGUUCAUCUUCUGCAGCUCACGAACCAACCACGUCGCAGCUAAUAAACAUAGCGCGUGAUUUCAUCAAUGGUAACGAGCUAGUUUCAUUGGUCCUCCACCUUCGUGACCUGUCAUCAUCUCUGGACAUUCCGGAAAAUGCAGCGGAUUUUUCAUUUCAUGUAGCGUCGCUUCUACCUAUUAGGGAAGAGGAAAAGUAUGAACUUUUGGAAAAACUUUCUGUAAAGGAGCGUAUGCAGCUGAUUGUAAUGUGGAUUAAUGAUUUGAGAUCUCAAUGGGGUACGUUAAUCAUAAAAUAUAUGCGAGACGCAAUGGAUUUCUACGAAUUGUACACUUGGAUUGUAGCUUUCAUUCGAUACAUUUGGUUUAGGUUCUUCCACCCAUGA